GAAAUUGAAUGGAACAAGAAGAACAUAGAAGAAAACCAAAAAGAAGUAAAGUGAAAGCGAUACAACCAAUAUAUAGAGGCAUUGAAUUUCCAGUUCCACCAAAACUAAAGAUUUUGUUUUAUAUUUUAAUUUACAGUUACGACAGUUUCACGCGGUUUGUGGGAUCAACAAACGCCUCCAUCAUAUUUAUUCCCUCCAUUAAUCAACAACUCCCAUUUUCUCCAAAAUCUGUGUUGGUCUUGUUGUUGUUGUGAGAGAGAGAAAAAAAUCAACAACAACAACAAACAAACACAAAUGAUUACAGUCCUGCUCUACUCUCUCCUCUUCGUCUUCGCCCUCAUCUAUACCUUAAUCUCUCCAACCAAGAAGUUUCUCGCGCCAUGGCUCGAAUCGUUCCGCGAUCGCAAAACCCUACCGCCGCAGGAUUCGAUCAAGCCCGCCGCCGCCUCCGCCCCGCCGGCUGCUAUCGGCGGGCUGAGAGGCGUGUUCGCGACGUUCGACAAGAACAACGACGGAUUCAUCACGAAGCAGGAGCUGAGGGAGUCGCUCCAGAAUAUCGGGAUUUUGGCGGGAGAGAAGGACGUGGAGGAUAUGGUGGAGAAGGUGGAUUUUAAUGGCGACGGCCUCAUCGAUUUCGACGAGUUCUGCAAGCUCUACGAGUCGAUGGGCGGCGCGGCGGAGGUAGGAGGCGGCGGGGAUGGGGAUGGGGAUGGGGAUGGGGAUUUGAGAGAGGCGUUUGAUGUGUUUGAUGGGAACAAAGAUGGGCGUAUCACGGUUGAGGAAUUGGGAUUGGUUUUGUCUUCGUUGGGGUUCAGUGAGGGGAAGAAGAUCGAAGACUGCAAAGAGAUGAUCAGAAAAGUCGAUGUUGAUGGAGAUGGGAUGGUCGAUUUUGACGAAUUCAAGAAGAUGAUGAGAGAUGGGCUUGGAAGGCUUAUUGCAGUUUCUUGAACACCACCUCCAAAAUCAAGAGAUUAUGGUGUUUUUGGUAACACAGAUUUAAUUCUUUGCUUUACUCCAAUUAAACUACCAAUUACCAUCAAUAUAUCUAACUCUUGAUCAUCAUCUUGUUUGCUUUGAUUGUUUCACUCUUACUCGGGCAGAUAGAUCCCCUCAAAAUAGCAAAUCAAGAUUAGUCUUUUUUUAGUGUAUUUUUGGAUUAUUAAUUAGAUGUACAGGUGACUUAACAUGUGGGAUUGGACAGAUCCUCUGCCUUUGUCUUAGAUCUGCAGAUUGUGUUUAAUUUGAUAGAGUACUUACUGUAGUAAGUGUAGUACAGUUGGAGACAGCAAGAUUUGAUUAUUGAAUGAGGCUAUAUAUGUUUUCUUGUUGCA